AAGAACCAUGUCAUCUGCAAACUGUCCAAAAGAAAAGGACAUCUCCGUCGCCUCCUCUCCUGCCGGCCAAGAAGCACGAGGCGGCCGGCAACCGCAGCAAACCUUGUCGCGCCCUUCUUCUCAGAAUUCCCUUCCACGUUCCGUUUUAAGUUUGAAGCGGAACGACGCGACAAUGGGAUCUUAACUGCGAUGAGCAUAUUAGUGUCGUUCUUGUGGGCGUUCAGGAUAAUCGUGAAUUUCGGUGUGAGGUGUCGGAAGGAAAGAUGCCUGUGUCAGCUGUCGCAAAGCAACCGUCUUCUAAACCAAAUCCAUUCGAUUCUGAAUCAGAUUCUGAAUUUACCUCGAGACCUGCAAAAGCAUCAUCUUCCUAUUCAGUUGAUCCUGGCGCCAAGAGCCGGUACAAGAAUGGCUUCCAUGAUUCAUGCGGAUUCGAAAACCAAUCUGUGCAAGAACUGGAGGGCUACGCUGCGCACAAGGCCGAGGAGACCACUCAGAGAGUGAAUGACUGCCUUCGGCUUGCUGAAAACAUCAAGGAGAAUGUUACCACCACUCUUAUCACUUUGCAUAGGCAGGGUGAACAGAUCAACAGAACCCAUGAAACAGCUGCAAACAUUGAUCAGGACCUUAGCAGGAGCGAGACACUUCUAGGAAGCCUUGGAGGCUUCUUCUCAAAAUCCUGGAAGCCAAAGAAAACUAGGCAAAUAAAGGGACCAGUAAUUAUCACAAGAGAGGAUUCCUUCAGAAGAAGGGCUAACCAUUUAGAACAGAGAGAAAAAUUAGGAUUGUCUUCAAACCCUGGAGGGAAUCUGAAUCCUCAAAAAUAUCCUGAUCCUACCAACGCCAUGGAGAAGGUUCAGGUGGAGAAAGAUAAGCAAGACAGUGCCCUCUCUGAUCUUAGUGAUGUCUUGGGACAGCUCAAGGGCAUGGCUCUCGAUAUGGGCUCAGAAAUCGAUAGGCAAAACAAAGCGAUGGAUGGUCUACAAGAUGAUGUGGAGGAACUCAACUACAGGGUAAAAGGAGCCAACCAGCGUACACGCCGGUUGCUAGGGAAAUAAUAUUGCCUUGAAAAUGUGGGGGUGCAUUCUUGGCACGUGACGUUGCUGGAUCAAACAUAGCUGCUGCAGCCUUUUUCUUUUGAUGAAUUACAGAAAACAAAUAUUUACAGACCUUUUACAAGACUACCAUGAUGAGGCCA